AUGUUUCGUUCCCAUUCCAACGCCAUCCGCCCGUUCGUCACGGUAGCAAAUAAGUACUCGCGCAUGAAGUACGCCAUUGGCAUGGUUGGAUCAGACAUGCAGCUCAACGACAUGCUCCAAUAUGUCCACUUGGUUGAGAAAUGGUUCUAUCUGACAAACGAGACACGCAAGUACUACCUCGUACCUGGCGAAAAGAAACCAAGACGAACGAGCAAGUGGUUUAUUACGCAAGUAAUGUUCCUGAGUGCUGUAGUUCGUCCGGGCGCAAGUCGAGUCGCCGGUACCAUGGAAACCAAGUCCAUUAUUGUGACCAAGGACGUAUACCGUGCCUUCCUUGUGGAAAAAUUCCUACCUUCGAUCGUCGCCGUGUGGCCCCAUUCGUCAUCGGCCAUAAAGCUUCAACACGACAACGCACGGGCGCACGUUACCUCAUCCGACGCGGAAUUGACGUCACUAUUUGGGGAAUUCAAGGCCAUUUGGUGGGAUUUUGAGCUCGCUCUACAAGCGCUCAACUCGCCAGACACGAACAUCUUCAAUUAA